UGUUUCCAGACUGAAAGGCUGUACCGGUAAUGCGACAUGCCUCGAGUACUAGAGUCCGAGGUAAAAUCUCACGAGCUGACACAAUGUAUGAGCCAGGGGACAACUCGAUCAAGGUGCUGCCCACUGAUCAAGAAAUCCAGUCUGAGAUGCACAACGUUAUAGAUAUUUCCUCAAGAAUUCUGGAGGCAAACAAAGAGAUCAGUGAUGUGCUUCUGGAGGGAGAUAUGGCCUUACCCAAAACAAGGAAUGCCAUGAAAUGCUUGAACGACUACUGCAAAUGGCCAAAAUCCCCAUCUAGAUUGGUUGAAGUGCCAUACACCAUUGCUAAUGACUUCUAUAGCGAUGACAAGGCAGUGAUCGAAAGCGCAAUGAAGAGCAUCUCUGCGAAAACCUGCAUCCGUUUUGUGCCACGAACCAAUCAAGUGGACUACCUCAGCAUUGAGAACCUGCUAGGCUGUUGGUCUACUGUAGGGAGAUCUGGAGGGAAACAGCAGGUGUCUCUGUCUGUAGACGGCUGUGUUUCUCACGGGAUCAUUGAGCAUGAGCUCAUCCAUUCUCUGGGGUUCCACCACGAGCACACCAGGAGCGACAGAGACCAGUACAUCCGGAUCAACUGGGAUAAUAUUCCACAAGCAUCUGCAUACAACUUUCAGAAGAAGGACACAGAUAAUCUGAAUACCGCUUAUGACUACAACUCCAUCAUGCAUUAUGGAAGGACAGCCUUCGCCAUACAAUAUGGUAAGGAAACCAUCACUCCUAUUCCUAACCCUUCGGUGCAGAUCGGACAGAGGCUGGAAAUGUCUAACAUUGACAUUCAGAGGAUCAACAAGCUUUAUGAGUGUGCUCUUUAAAGUAAACACUCAAGAUCAAAUCCCAGUGAAAUACAGACUGUGACUAAAUAAAAGGAUUACGGCACAGUGUAACCGAAGUAAAUCCUUUCCUUCCUCCUUUGUCUGUAACUUGACCACAUAAAUGUAAUGGAC